UCUUCUCUUCCUUCACAUACAAAGCAGACUUGUUUUCAAAAUGCAACUGAUGCUGUUGCUCUUGUUGCUCGUGGCAAUCGUGAGUUGUGUGCAGGGAGAGCAAAAUUGUUCACAUUGUACGCCCUGCGAUUACAAAUACUGUGCUGAGGGAAUGUUACCCGUGGGCUGUAUCAAACCAACAGGUUUCUCGGAUAAAUGUGGCUCAUCUGAACAUAUCUUUGUGCCAGUGGAUAGCCAACUUCGUGAGGAAAUACUUUUCGAUGUGAAUAUGGUGCGCGCUCGCUUGGCAAGUGGCUUGUUUAAUUCAUCGACUGGUGCUCGCAUGCCGACCAUGAUGUGGGACCCAGAGUUGGCACAUGCAGCCAAGGUGCUGAUCCAAGAGUGUGAUCACAGCAAAAUCUGUUCAAAUUCUGCAAAGUACAACUAUGUGGCGACCGUGGAGAUAAGCGGCGGUGUUCGUAAUUCACAAAGUAUAUCUGAAGAUUUCCUUCACAUCAUAUUGCCUGAAUGGUUAAAUGAUGUAAAUGGUUGUAACAUGAAUAUCCGGGAAGGGGUUACUCGCAAAGAAAUGGACUCUUGUGUGGGACACUAUAUACCGCUCAUCCAGGACAGAGGCAAUCGAAUGGGUUGCGCUAUGCGUCUUGAUGUUGCUGCUGAACCUGUGCCCGAUGGAAAUGAAUUUGCUAACAAUCGGUUGGUUGUUAUCUGCAAUCUAUCCCGUGCCCAUGUCAAUGAUAUGCCACACUACGAAGUGAGCUUGGUGCCUGCCCAGGAAUGUGAAACCGGACGACAUCCGUUCUUUGAGUUUCUAUGCGAUGUGAAUGAGGAAAUCGAUCCAAACUAUGUGGAACCCUUUGGCGCAAGAGUCAUAAAAGAGUGAAUAAAUAAUGAAAAUU